GGGGCUACGCACGGAGCGUGAUGGCGUCACGACGAACAAUACCUCUUCGCUGCGCUCCUCAAAUCUACGCACACGGGACUCGGCCUCGAUCCUCUCGCCGAAUAACAUCGCAGCUUUUGAACGUCACAGGUCCACUCUUGUCUAAGCUGGAGUGGCAGACAUGAACGACACUCUGGAAUUCAGUGAGAUUUAUCAGGAGGUCAAGGGCACCUGGAACGAUGGGCGUCUUCGCUUCAGUAAACAGACAGUGGUGUAUAAAAACAGUAAGACUGGGAAGGUGGACAGCAUUCCAGUGUCUGAGCUGACUCAAGCCCAGUGGAGGAGAGUGUGUCUGGGUCACGGCAUCAAGCUGUGGACCAGCACCGGCAACAUUUACAAAUAUGAUGGCUUCAAAGACACUGACCUUGAAAAGAUCUCAGAGUACUUCAAAGCCAACUACAAGGUGGAGCUGGUUGAGAAAGAUAUGUGUGUGAAGGGCUGGAAUUGGGGCACUGCUAAAUUUAAUGGACCGCUGCUUUCAUUUGAGGUGAAUGAGAGUCCAGCGUUUGAGAUUCCGCUCAACAGUGUGUCCCAGUGUGCCACGGGAAAGAACGAGGUCACUGUGGAGUUUCAUCAGAAUGAUGACACAGAGGUAUCCCUGAUGGAGGUGCGCUUCUAUGUCCCACCCACCACAGGAGAGGAGGGUGCAGACCCUGUGGAGGCUUUUGCUCAGAACAUUCUGUCAAAGGCAGAUGUCAUCCAGGCUACAGGAGAUGCUGUGUGUAUCUUCAGAGAGUUGCAGUGCCUCACACCAAGGGGCAGGUACGAUAUCCGCAUUUAUCCGACAUUCCUCCAUCUGCAUGGUAAGACAUUUGACUACAAGAUCCCAUACACCACAGUGCUCCGCCUUUUCCUGUUGCCUCAUAAGGAUCAGCGCCAAAUGUUCUUUGUGAUCAGUCUGGACCCGCCUAUUAAACAAGGUCAAACCCGCUAUCAUUUUCUCAUUCUUCUGUUUUCUAAGGAGGAGGAUAUCAGCCUUACUCUCAACAUGAAUGAGGAUGAGGUUGAGAGACGUUUUGAGGGGAAACUUCAUAAAAACAUGUCUGGCUCUCUCUAUGAGAUGGUCAGCAGAGUCAUGAAGGCCCUGGUCAACAGAAAGAUCACAGUGCCUGGAAAUUUCCAAGGUCACUCAGGUGCUCAGUGUAUAACAUGUUCAUACAAGGCCAGUUCAGGGCUGUUGUAUCCUCUGGAAAGAGGUUUCAUCUAUGUGCACAAGCCCCCAGUGCACCUGCGCUUCGAGGAGAUCGCCUGUGUGAACUUCGCUCGUGGAACCACCACCACCCGCUCCUUUGAUUUCGAGAUCGAGACCAAGCAGGGAAAUCAAUACACCUUCAGCAGCAUCGAGAGGGAGGAAUAUGGGAAACUCUUUGACUUCGUCAAUGCUAAGAAGUUAAGCAUCAAGAACAGAGGCUUCAAAGAGAAAAAGGGCAUGAAAGGUAAUGAUAACAUGUACAGUGACUCAGACGACGACCAGCACGAUGCGUACCUGGAGCGCAUGAAAGAAGAGGGCAAGAUCCGAGAGGGCAAUGACAGUGACGACUCAGAGGGCGAGAGUGAUGAGUCUUUUAAUCCUGGAGAAGAAGACGAUGAAAUUGCAGAGGAGUAUGACAGUAAGGCCUCUGCCAGUGAAAGCAGCGCUGAUGACGGAGACAGUGAUGGCGAUCGGAAGAAGAAACCAGCCAAGAAAGCGAAAUUUGUAAAAGAAAGAAAACCACGGAAGAAAGAGAAAAAGGCAAAGGACAGCAGCGCCCCAAGAGGCCAAUGAGUGCCUACAUGCUCUGGCUGAACUCGAGCAGAGACCGCAUUAAAUCAGAAGAACCCGGGC